CUUUAACUACUCAACCUCUGACGUCGCCGCAAUUCUCAACGUCAGCCGUUAAUCUCAACCAUGGUAGAUCCAGCUGUUGCAAGGCCGUAAGAACAGUCAAGUAUCCGUUUAAAAACAUCUGACACUGAUGCCUAACGCACCGCCGGAACGACCUCGUGCAGCGGCGGAGACGCCUCGCUGUUUGACAAUUGAAGAACACCGCUUGCAAGCAACAAAAUGUCUCGAGAUAAUGAAUAACGACUUGAGAGCCAACAUUUGCGGCAUAAGAUCAGGAGCACAUCUAUCCACUCUUACAGCAAAACAAGUCAAUGAGCAUAUCCACAACGAUCUACGGAAUUCUUGUUGCUUCUGGGUUUCGCACCUUGAACAAGCAGGCUGGACUUCAGAUGACGAGGGACCCGUUUUCUCAUUCCUUAGCCUACAUUUUUUCCAUUGGAUUGAGGUUUUGGCUCUCAUUGGUAAGGCUACAGAAAGUAUAUGCGCCGUUGAAAGGUUGACUGAGCUGUCGAGCCACAACAGAAAUGAGAGAUUUUCGACUUUUCUCAAUGAAGGUCUACAACUGUUACGCAAUAAUAUGUCUAUAAUCGACGCAUAUCCUUUACAAUUGUAUUUCUCAGUUUCAAUAUUCGCCCCAAAAGAUAGUCUUGUCGCAAACGCAUUUGGGAACGACAUCCCUCCAAUGCUCUCUCUUCUACCAAGACGCGAGCCUGGAUGGGACGAUAGCCAGCAGAUAUUUGAAGGACACCAAAACGCAGUGACCAAUGCGGAGGCUUCGCCAGACUCAACUCUCCUGGUAUCUAGUUCCGAGGAUUGUACGGUGCGGAUAUGGAGGGUUAAAGAUGGAAAAUGCCUCUACAAAUUUGUUGGCCAUAAGGACUGUGUCUUUUCAGCCGCAUUCUUUCCAAGUGGGGAGAUAGUCGCUUCUGGUUCGCUUGAUAGGACCGUAAAGCUAUGGUCUAUCAAAGAUGGCAAGUGUUUACGCACAUUGAGAGGGCAUAACAGUGCGGUACACCACUUAGCAAUCUCACCUAACUCUUCCUGUCUUGCAUUUGCUUCCCACAUUGACGCCGAGUCUGGUUCAGGCAAGAUUUGGCUCUGGUCUAUCAUUAACAAGAAAUACACCCAGGAGCUGCAAGGGCAUUGGGGGGGCGUCAAUUCGGUUGCCUUUUCGCCUGACUCAAAACUUUUGGUGACAGGCACCGAGGAUGGAUUCAUACGGGUAUGGGAUAUCCAAGACACCAAGUGUCUUUACACUCUCCAGGGACAUGAGUCCCCAGUUUACUCAGCUCUAUUCGCACCAAACUCUUCUUAUAUCGCAUCAAGCUCUUUUGACGGCACAACGCGAAUCUGGGACUUUACUACAGAGAUGUGUACACAGACAUUCGAAAGUGAUACGACUAUCACUAUUGUUUCAAUCUCACCCGACUCAAAACUUGUUGCAACUGCUUCUUCGACUUACGAGAUCCAGAUUUGGAACGUCGACACAGGAUCUUGUGACUAUCGCCUGAAUGGCCAUGUUGAAAGCAUAUCCUCAGUUGCAUUCUCUCCCAACUCACAGCUUUUAGUGUCAGCUUCUGCUGACUUCACAGUUCGAACCUGGAAAUUAAACAGUUGUUCCGCUUUAAAGUCUAAGAACAAACAUGGGGCAGUCAAUGUGGUAGAGCUUUCACCUGACUGCUCAGUCCUCGCAUCAGGUGAUACAGAUGGAUUAAUCAAUUUAUUGAGUAUGAGUGACGGAAGACGCAUUUCUGCCCUUCAGGCCGGUGAUCACAGCUUUAUGCUCUUCACAGCUCUUACAUUCUCAAAUGACGGGCAAUACCUCUUAUCACUUGAAUUUAGUGGUGAAGCUUGGCUGUGGAGUGUUCGCGAUGGAAAAUGCAUUCACGAUUUCUCUGGUUAUGACUGGGGAAUAAAAGCAGUGUCAUUUUCCCGAGACUCCAAGGUUCUUAUCCUCGGAUGUGGUGAUGGCGUACUUCGACGAUGGGAAAUUGGUAUGCGUUUUCUCGAUGACCUAAUGGGGCAUGAAGCAGCGAUAUACGUAGUUACAACGUCUUCCUACUCCGAAAUUGUUGCAUCAGGUGAUAGGAGUGGCGUGGUAAGAAUCUGGAACAUGAGAAUGGAUACCUGUUUACAUGAGCUUAAAGGCCAUGAGGAUGAGGUGGUUGCAGCUGUAUUCUCACCUGACUCAGCUCAGCUUGCAACUUCAUCAUUGGAUAACAUAGUCCGUUUAUGGAAUGUCGGUGAUGGAAGCUGCAUCAGAAUUCUACAUCAAAAGGAGACAGCAAACUCGGUGGCAUUCUCGCCUGACCUCAGAUUUCUUGCAACUGCCAACUCAAACGACACAGUACAGAUAUGGCGCAUUAAGGAUGGCGAGAGUCUACUUACCUACAAGUUUCCUCGUGUGGGAAGCUGUGUGAUCAAGUUUGAUCCCAGUGGUACAAAACUCAUAUUCGACGCUGCGGUCCUGUCUCUUGAGAACAUGGCCCCAGUGGAUAGUAAUCCCAACUUCGCUGAUGAAUGCAUUGCUGAUGGUUUGGCUAUCACCCAGGACACCCAGUGGGUGACAUGGCGUGGAGAGAAGAUUAUCUGGCUACCAGUGUCGGUGCGUCCAAAAUGCUGGGUCAUUCACGGUAGCACUAUUGCCAUUGGAUGCAUGUCAGGAAGGGCGGUGAUAAUGAGACUGGAUUGUAUAGAGAAAUAGGAAAACUUAAACAUGCUGAAUUAGGGAGGGCAAUAAGUGUACAGUCUAGGUGUAUUAACAUAUAUACAUUACCUUUAUUAGGGCCAAAGCUUUCCAUAAUCACUUGAAUCUUAGUCUUAAGUCCCUACCAAGUUACCUUUAUUCAAAAGACAGAUUUUAGGCAAAGACCCCAUAUUCGUUUCAUCAUGCGAUCUUAAAUAGUUCAGUUUGUCGCAG